AUGACGACCAAAGAGUGCGGAAACCACGGUGGUGGCGGUGGAGGAGGCGGAACCGCCUGUAGAAUCUGUGGAGCAAUCAUCGGCUUCAUCAUCAUCGUCUUGAUGACAAUCUUCCUCGUUUCGAUAAUCCUCCAACCGAAAAAACCAGAAUUCAUCCUCCAAGACACCACCGUCUACGCCUUUAACCUCUCGCAGCCUAACCUCCUCACCUCAAAGUUUCAGAUAACAAUCGCUUCACGCAACCGAAACUCCAACAUCGGAAUCUACUACGACCAUCUUCACGCCUACGCUUCUUACCGGAACCAGCAAAUCACUCUAGCUAGCGACCUUCCUCCGACGUACCAAAGACACAAAGAAAAUAGCGUUUGGUCUCCUUUAUUAUAUGGAAACCAAGUCCCUAUCGCUCCUUUCAACGCCGUGGCUCUCGGGGACGAGCAGAAUAGUGGGGUUUUCACGUUGACUAUAUGCGUUGAUGGACGCGUGAGGUGGAAGGUCGGGACUCUUACUAUAGGGAAUUAUCAUCUCCAUGUUCGUUGUCAGGCGUUCAUAAACCAGGCUGAUAAAGCAGCCGGAGUUCAUGUCGGCGAAAACACCGUUAAGUACACGUUGAUCAAUAAGUGCAGUGUCAAUUUUUAGGAGGUAAAAGGACACAACUUUGACGCCGUCAAUGUUUGCUUUUACUCUUUCUUCUUCUUUUCAUUUUUCUUCUACUCGGAUAAUGUUUUUGCUUCUAUAUCGUUUAAUUUUCUACCUUUUUCUGCUGAUCA